AUGUCGUUUGGGUCCCAAACCAGCGGCCGGCGGAGCAAAUGGGACCAGCCUGGCCCUGGUCCUGGGGGGAUGGUGGACUCAGAGACUCCGUCUGGGGCUCUGGAUGCUGCUGCAGCAGUGGCUGCAAAGAUCAAUGCUAUGCUGGUGGCAAAGGGGAAACUCAAGCCUUCCCAGAUCAACAACCCCGGUCCACCCGAUAAGAUUCUGGGUGUUACAAAACCUUUGUCGCUUUCAAAAGCCAAAGAUGACCUGGUUGUUGCAGAAGUGGAGAUCAACGAUGUGCCAAUCACCUGUAGAAAUCUUCUCACUCGCGGUCAAACGCAGGACGAGAUCAGUAAAUUCAGUGGUGCAGCCGUUUCAACUCGUGGGCGUUAUAUGUCAGCGGAUGAAAAGACGAAAGGUCUACCAGGAGACCGACCUCUUUAUCUACACGUUCAAGCUCAAACGCGAGAGCUAGUAGACCGGGCUGUGAAUAGGAUUAAAGAGAUUAUCACAAAUGGUGUUGUAAAAGCUGCCACUGCUGCACAGUCUUCACCUUUUUCACAAAGUGGAGCCACAGUCACAGUUUACCACCAGCCCAAUGCUCCGCCAAUCUCUCAUCACAAACCAAACCCACAAACUGGGUUGCAUUUUGUUCAGGAUAAAUUGUUUGUGGGACUUGAUCAAGCCGCCCCAGGAUUUCAGGUGAAGGAGCGUGUGGAGGGUCCUAGCUGUUCGUACCUGCAGCACAUUCAAGCUGAGACGGGAGCCAAAGUCUUCCUCAGGGGAAAGGGCUCUGGGUGUCUAGAGCCGGCGUCAGGGCGAGAGGCCUUUGAACCGAUGUAUAUUUAUAUUAGUCAUUCCAAACCGGAGGGACUUGCAGCAGCAAAAAUUCUAUGUCAGAAUCUUCUCCAGACUGUCCACACAGAGUAUUCCCGGUUCCUCGGCCAAAUGAUGCCAACUCAAGGGUUCACCCCCUCAAUGGUGAACGGGAUGCCUCCACAGCCUCCUUACUACCCUCCCGCUGGGUAUCCUCCGGGCUUCUCUCUGCCUAUUGCUGCCCCUCCACCACAACCACAGCCCCCGCCUCAGCCUGUUCCACCUCUGUACACUGUGCCCCGUCACAUAAACCCUGCUCCAGCUGUGGCCGCUCCGUACCCCACUGCUCCAGCUCGCAUCCCGGUGCCCACCUCUCUGUCGGCCCCCAUCGCACCCCCAGGAACCAUACCUCAGACUUUUCCCUCUGUAACCUUUCCACCCGCAGCACCACUGACUCCUAAACCCAUCACCUGCUCAGCUCCAGCCAACCCGCCGCAGAAAAGACGCUUCACAGAAGAGGUGCCGGACGAGCAGGACAGUGGACUCCUUGGAUAUCAGCAUGGACCCAUUCAUAUAACUAAUUUAGGUGCAGGCUUCUCAGUGGGCACCCAAGAGACAGCAGGACCCCCACCUCAGAGUUCCUCCGAUCCAUCAAGUGUGAGGGACAGUCGACAGCUAAUGCCUCCUCCGCUGUUGCCCAUUAAUGUGGUCAGGCCUAGACUGGAUGAACGGACUGCACCUCAAGGCCCAAUGGAGCCGACAGUGAAAAGAAUGAGAACAGGUUUGGUAGCAUACGCAGGUGACUCAUCUGAUGAAGAGGAAGACCACUCGGGCUCCAAAGCCUCUGGUCUAGGGGCAUUUGGGGGAGUCCCUGUCACAUCUGCAUCCUCUGGGCUGUCACAAGGCUUCCGCUGCCCUCCCCCUCCUUCUCUGCGCCCCAAAACACAGACACAACAGCCCCCCAUGCCUUUUUGGAUGGCUCCUUAA